GUUUGCAUCCCUAUCCUUCACCGUUGCCCCAAUCCUCCACGUCGUCCCGAAUCACACGGGGGCAGCUCGUCUCGGCAUCUCUGCCCUCGUCUCUAGUCGCCCCCUCUUCGCGAGCGCGGGAACUGCCCUUGUCCCUUACGUUUCCUUCAAUGGCAUCGGCGUUUUGGAGAAGCUCUGUCCGGAGGAUCUCCAAGUCGGUUCUUGAGCCGUUGAUCCAUCGGCGGAGGUGGUAUUCGAGCAAGCCCCGGCGAUUCGCGGCUCUUUGGGGGAAUGGGGACUACGGGAGGUUAGGGCUCGGGAGCCUGGAGUCGCGCUGGAAGCCCACUGUGUGCCCCUUCUUCCGCGAUGAUCACCCGGUCUCCAUCGUGUGCGGUGGUGCCCACACCUUGUUCCUUACUGAAAGUGGUCGUGUGUUUGCUACCGGACUGAACAACUUUGGACAGCUAGGCAUAACCUCUUCGAAAAGCCAUACGCUAGUGCCUGUUGAAAUUUUUGGACUCCCUGAGAAAGUUGUUGAAAUUUCAGCUGGUUACCAUCAUUCUUGUGCAAUUACUGAUAAUGGGAAGCUCUUUGUUUGGGGAGACAACUCCAGUGGUCAGCUUGGUCUUGGAAGAAAGGCUGGAAAGACAGUUUCUUCCCCUACUAAGGUCGAUUGCUUGGUUGAUGUUACUGUCAGAAUGGCUGCGCUGGGUGCAGAGCACUCAAUUGUUGUGACAGAUGAAGGCAAUGUCUUGAGUUGGGGAGCCGGCGGAGCCGGUAGACUUGGUCAUGGACACCAAUCUAGCAUAUUAGGAUUCUAUGUGAGCUCAAGUGAAUGCACUCCAAGGUUGAUCAAGUACUUUGAUGCUAUUAAGAUCAAGAGAAUUGCUGCUGGGAUGUUGCAUUCAGCUUGCGUAGAUGAACAAGGGAUUGUUUACAUAUUUGGGGAAAGGACGGUCAAGAAAAUGGGCUUUGGAAGAACAAAUAAUGCCUCAACACCAUCUGCUAUGAAGGAGCUUCCAUUUUCAUCGGCGGUCGCUUGUGGUGGUUACCACACUUGUGUCAUAACAAGUGAAGGAGAAUUGUACACAUGGGGUUCAAAUGAAAAUGGCUGCCUCGGUCUUGGUUUCACAGAUAUGGUCCGCACUCCUCAAUGUGUCAAGAAAUCAUCUUUUAGAUUUCCUGUAUCUGAGGUAUCUUGUGGAUGGAAGCACACUGCCGUCAUCUCAGGUAGAAGAGUUUUCACUUGGGGUUGGGGAGGUGCUAAUGGAACAUUCUUUGAAGACGGCCACUCUUCUGGAGGACAACUGGGGCAUGGAAAUGAUAUUGACUACUUCGAGCCCACAAUGGUGAAUUUUAGCCAUAAUGUAAAGGCUUUGCAUGUAUCUUGCGGGUUCAACCACACUGGUGCCAUAUUUGAGUACAGUGAAACUUGAGGGGGGCUCUACGUCCUGCAUGCAAGAGAUCAUUUCAGGACUCUUUUGAGGCAUACUGCCUUCGAAAUUCCUUUUCCAUGCUUGUGAAAGUGUUGUAAAUUCGAGUAAAGUUCACAGGAAAAAGCAGGUGCCAAAUAAUAAUUGCAUAUAAUAGGUAGCCAAGCUUACGCAUGAAUGUAGAUUAAUAAUCAUGCUGCUUGAGGACCUCGCAAUUUUUUUUUUUU